AUGGCGAGCGUUGACAUUAAGGGGGCUGAGGUCGAGGCCGCUGAGAUCGAGGCCGAGAUGGAGACGGCAGACAAAAUAGUCGAGGUGUUCAAAUCCCCAAUUCCGUCCUUCAGUCCUGGAGAAUUGGAGUACGAACGUUCCGUCGCAACUGCAAAUCUCUUGUACCGUUUCUCGAGGCCUUACUUCGUCGUCCAGCCUGAAAGCCCUGCACAGGUUCAGACCAUUAUCAAAACAGCCGUUUCGAAUGGGCUGAAGAUCACGGUCAAGAACGGAGGUCACUCCUUCGCAGGAUUUUCCACCACCGAUCGAGGCAUCCUGCUAGACCUUGCCCGGAUGCAAGAUGUUCGCCUCCACAAAGGGCCUAACGACAAACCAGUGGCGGUCACGCUCGGAGGUGGGGCGCAAUGGGGCCAUGCGUACAAGGCAUUGGUCGCCGGUCGUUACGACGGGUACAUGGUCAAUGGUGGACGAUGUCCCACCGUCGGAGUCAGUGGGUUCGUUUUGGGGGGUGGUCUCGGCCCCUUCACCAGAAAAUUCGGCAUGGGCUGCGACUCGCUGACAGAGGCAACCAUUGUCACCGCGAAGGGAGACCUUGUCACCGUCAAAGAAACCGAUGAUAAACAAUCGAACGAAGGUAAGCUCUUCUGGGCACUUCGCGGUGCUGGUGGCGGGAACUUUGGGGUUGUGGUUGAGCUGAAGAUGAAGGUCCAGCGGGUGCACGACCGCAUAGUAGCCGGGCGAUUCACGUAUUCACAGCUGGAUGAGCCGUUCAUGGGCGCGAUGAAGGAACUCUACCGAUUCGACUGGCCAGUCAAUGCCACGAUUGACACCCACUGGGUGUGCGAGGUCAAGCCCAACGACGCUAGUUCUUAUGUUCGUUUCGUCGCCUAUUUCAACGGCGAGGAGAGGGAGUUUAGGGGUCUGAUCGACCGUGCCAUUGGAAACGUGCAUCCAGAACUAGCGGCUAGGAUGAAGGAGCGGACACUGUCCGAACCGUCGACGCUUUUCCUUCAUGAGACGCUUGUGGCUCAGUGGUGGGAGGAAACCACGAGGGCAUUUCCCUCCAACAAAGCUUACAGCCUCUACACAUCCUUCGUCUUCGAGAAGCGACUCGAAAUCGUCAACAUCGUUGCCGACAAGGUCAAGCACUGGCUAGACAAAUUCCAAAGCUCUUUCAGCGAGGACGAAGCUAUCCUCGAAGUCACGUGGGUUCACGCCGGAGGGCAUGCCAGCGUCGUGGGAAGCGACCAGACGGCGUUCCCCUGGCGUGCUGGCACGUACUUCACAUACAUCAUGGUCCGGUGGUAUGACAAAUGGCUGUCGGCGAAGAUGGGGCAAUUUUUGGAAGCGUUCAAGAGUGACUUGAGGCGCUUUUCCAUGGAAAGUGAGGCGGCAUACAUCAACUUUGCAGAUGUAUCGCUGAGCGAUUACGCAUCGGCAUACUACGGGCCCAACUACCCGAGGCUGCAGGAGGUCAAGCAGAUCUGGGACAUGUACGACUACUUUCACCCGCCCCAAGGUGUUCGACUUCCGAAAAGCAAGGACAGCGCGGGGAAUGACGGGGACUGGGUGGACUUGCCGCGACGGCAGUGGGAGAGCCGCGGCGCGUUCCCAGCCCGGAAGAAGGCCGACUUUGCGGGAAUCAUUCGAGACUUGACCGACCUGGGGUUUUGA